GGAUGAACUAGACUUGAUGAGGAACAUACACAAAAAAUUUGAGCAAAAAAAAAAACCACCGGGAAGGCCCCCAAAUGAAGGAGACCGGACAGGGCUCCUGUCCAGAAAUUCCGGACAGGAAUAAUCCUGCACACAACAUAAGAUUUAUUCUCCGUGUGUAUAGUCUUCAUUCAUUUCACCCUCUCUAAAGUCACAUUAUCAUCUGCAUAGAUAUCUACAUUUCAUUUUCUAUUCUGUGUGAGAAAUAGAGGGGACUCUCUGUCUCUCUAGUUUCAACGAAUAAUAUUAUGGGAUUAUUGUUAAGAUCGAGAAUUAUGAAGUUGGUGAUUGACAUGAAUGAUGAAUAAAUGUGGGAUUAUUGUUAAGAUCGAGAAUUAUGAAGAUGGUGAUUGACAUGAAUGAUGAAUAAAUGUUAUUAGACGAGAAAUCUUGGCGUGCCUUUUUGUUUGGACACAUGCAAGAUUGCAAGUAUAGACAGUCUCAAAGUGGCAUAUAGCUUUGCAUUGCUAUUUAAACCUAGAAGGACUAAACAUUCUAAAUUUCUCAUUACAACUUAUUGCAAGUGAUGAGUGAACAUAUAACAUUAAGCAUGAAAGUAUGUUUGUCGAACUAUUCAAACAGGUAUGAUUAAUCGCUUGGGGUAAGUCACCCACGAAGCACAAUUGGUAUUUUGAAGCAACAGAAUGAAAUUUGAAAGAUAUACUUUUGAUUUAAAAAUUAUUUUUCUAUGUCAGAAUUUUGGAUGAAUAUUACUUGCCUUUCCAAAUGGCACUAAGCAUGAUAUCAUAUAGACUGUCUUUAAGAUCGUAAAGUGUUGACAAUGACUUGGAACAUGAUACUUAGUAAUGUGGGAGGAGUUUCUGUUACCUAGAUCUUUAUAGUGGAGUUUAAUUUUACAAAUAGGCAAUGGUGUUUUGGGGAACAAUGUUUAUAAGUGAGAUCAAUGGGUAAAUUCUAUUUUUCAUCCUAAAGCCCUAAAGGUAUCUGUUGGGAUAUAUUAUCCCGGCCUAUUACUGUUCAGGAGUCCAAGGCUUUACGUAGUACGGAGCCCGAGCAGCUAGGCCCAUUUCGGCCCAUCCGGCCCGCUUUAGCCAUUUGGGCCCACUCCGGCCCAUGCGGCCCAUUAGGGUGGAGAGCAUCCCCUUCCCCUAUUCUCUAUAAAUAUGGGAGUUUCCCUCCAUAUUAGGGAUCCCUUCUUUCUUCCUUCUUCCUUUAGAAUAGCUCAAAUACUCCAUUGAUGGGAGUUCAAAAUGUACUAUGUAAUGGUGAGGAGAGUCCUAAUGAGAAUGAGAGGACUUGGACAUUAGCCUAAAAAGUCUCGUGGUUUUCUCCCUUUCGGGUUUCCACGUAAAAACUGAGUGUUCAUACAUAUAUUUACUAUAUCGUGUUGGAUUAAACUCAACACUGGCGCCGUCUGUGGGAAUCUGUCAAAAAAGAUUCAUGUAUUCUGCUGUUCUUGAGUUUCUCCGAGAAAAAUUCAUACGAAGCGGACUGAUUUCACCAAAAAAAGAAGAAAAAUUUCUGGAGGGAAGAUUCAGGGAAGUCAAGUCUGGAUUUCUCCAGAUCUGGGUUUGGGGUCGCCGGAGCCGUCGUCACCCUUCCCGCCGCGGUGGACCCUCCGGUGAGUCAGCCGCGCCAGACGGAGACCGAUGCAGCAUCCCAGGUCUCAAGAUCUCGGUUUCAGGAGAACUCCUCCUCCGCAGCACUGUUCAUCGGUUGGAGCUCAUUUCCCCAACUUCGACACAGCACCAUCAUCCGUCGUCGGCAGCGAGCCGGUGGCCACUCCUCCGUCUGGCCACUCGCUGCUCGGGCCCCAACUCCUCCGUCGACAAGCCUGGGAAGGAAUUCCGGCCGAGAGUUCCUCGAUUUCUGCCAUUAAUGGCAGCUUGAAGUUCAGAGAAUUACGCUUCAUGGUUCGGCCAAACCUCCACCAGAGACUAGCAGCCGUGGCCACCCGUGCUCCGCCGCAGAAGCCAUCUCCACCGUCAUCAAGCUGCAUGUUCCGCUUGGUUGGGGUCGACGAGCCUACAAGUGAAGUAGGUUCUUCAUCUAGCUGUCCAAAAGAUACUCCGUAUAAAUUGCUAGGGUCACAAGCUGACCACGUCCUGCAAGUUGAGGCCACAUAAUGGGAUGCCAUUUUCCUUGGAGAGAUUUUGACCAAGUCAAUUGGGGAAAGGGGCUUGAUCUCAAUGCACCAGAAACUAUCUGGCCGAACCUAUAACUCAAAAAGCUAAGUACCGAUCCUUUAAGUUGAUAUUUUCGAUUAUUAAUACGGAGUAGUUGGAACUAUUAGUAAUGCUAGUAUUUUUAUCACCAUUAUUUAAUAGGGAGCAAAUACCCCAAAAUUAAAUAAUGUCGAGCAAAGCUCAAAUGAGUAAAGCUCUAGUGAUAAUUAAUUUCACCGUCAUUUUAAUUAAUGAUGGGUUGUUGUGUGCCCGUUGGCCCGCUCUUGAUCGGCUUUAAUUAGCGAACGGAGUAUACCUGAAUGGCCUUUGAUAGGAUAAUAUCAUUGCUGUUACCCGUUAUAUCACUAUUAUUUAUUAGGGAUAAAAUGUCCCGAAUUAAAUAAUGUGGAGCGAAACUCUAGUGAUGGUUGGUUCAGCCAGCAUUUGAUUGAAUAUUUAAUUUCUUGUGGGCCCGUUAGCCCACUCCCGAUCAGCUUGAUUAAGCGAUCCGAGCGUCUCCAGUAGGGCGAUGCCCCGACGACGCAUUUUAAUUUGAGGGUUGCACGUUAGUCCGCACGGCACUACGUGCCCGAUCGACGAUCGUACCCCAAUAUCAUCUACGCCAUUAGGCGCGAAGUGACUAUUGCCAAACGCGGCCUGUGGGGCCCGAAGGCACCAAAGCACCCAACCUCCUUUUUCUGAGGGCAGUGCGACCAACUUGGGUCUGAGUUUGAAAACUCACGGACCGAUGAAUAUCUCUAUGUGACGUUCGGCGGGCUGCCAAUUGGCCCCGCCGCGAGCUGCUACGUCCAUUAACCCCGCACGAUGAGCCGGGCCGAGGGUCACGAUGACCCAUAGGCCGGUAAUCGUGGAUGUUAAAGAGGAAGCCAUGCAGAUGGUUAUGUGUGUAUACAUAUUGUCGGGCCGUGCGGCCCGUUAUCAUGCUUAUUGCGCAGCUGAAGCCGCUCGACGCGUUCGAGCGAAAUGAUUAAAAGACGCUCGGCCCGAGUCUUGAAGACAUUCAGGGCCAGCUAAAGAGGAGACCAUCACGGCUGAGGACCGUGAGACGAGCAUCUCCACCCCAGAGACCGAUGGCCUAGGAGAGAACACCUAGAGGCCGAGGGUCUAGAGUGGACUACCACGGCGGAGGACCGUGAGACGAUCAUCCAUCAUUCAGAGGCCAAGGGCCUAGAGGAGACCAUCACGGCCGAGGGCCGUGAGACCAUCCUUACAUCAGGUCGGCCUCCCAUUGCCGACACUAUGAUAUCACGACCGGCCUCUCGGCACGGCGUGUGUUCCAUACUUGAAGACCGACCUCAUCCCCGCUCCUCGCGGAUGAGAGCCGUUGCUUGAUUCUCUCUGUCGGCCCCUCAGCGCCGACACCAUUAUAUCACGACCGGCCUCUCGGCACGGUGUGAUUAUCUUAUUUGAAGACCGGCCUCGUCCCCGCACUGCACGGAUGAGGACCGUUGCUUGUUUUCUCAUAUCGGCCUCUCAUUGACGACACCGUUGUAUCACGACCGGCCUCCCGGCUCGGCGUUCUUUCCAUAUUUGAAGACCGGUUUCAUCCUCGCUCCUCGCGGAUGACGGCCGUUGCUUGUUUUCUCAGAUCGGCCUCUCAUUGUCGAUGUUAUUAUACCACGACCGGCCUCUCGGCUCGGCGUGCUUAUCUCUUGAAGACCGGCCUCAUCCCCGCCACCUCGCGGACGAGGACCGUAGUUUGAUUCUUUCAGGUCGGCCUCUCACUGCCGACACUAUCAUGUUAUGUUCGGCCUCUAGGCACGACAUAUUUAUCUUUUGAAGACCGGUUUCAUCCCCGCGCUGCGUUGGAUGAGAGCCGUUGCUCGAAUAUAUCGGCCUGACCGGACACUAUUGUCAUCUCCAUUAUCAGGACCGACUGCUCAGCGACAUUAUGAUCAUUGUAUAUCGGCUCCCGAUGCCGACCUUCUUGAGUUAGCGAUCGGGCUCACCCCUCCCCCCAGGAGGGUGACCAUCGCCUUCGCAUGACGACCAGCAUUUCCAUCGCCUCGUCAUCCACUUCAUUUUGGUAUCCCACCACCAUUAUGUGUGACAUCACUUGUGGUCAUUCUUGGAAAUCGACGAACGUAUUUUCCUCCCUCAAAAAAAAAAAAAAAAAAGAAAAAAAAAAGAUGGGGAGAAGGGGAGAGAGAAGCUCCUAUGAGAGAGGGAGUCUUGACGAGGUAUGCCUGAUCUUCCUUCGCCGCGUAUGACGAACGUCUCCCGACGCGGAGGCUAGUAGGAACGUGGGGGGGGGGGGGGGGGGGGCUAGACGUACCAAAGGGAACCUCGGCAAGAUAAACCAGUUCCUCCCAUGACCCGUGGUUCGACAAACACCUUCUGCCAGAGCAGAAGGCUAGUAGGGCCACGAGCAUGGGACGACGAAGCAGGGAAUCCCGGCGUGGAUAAACCGGUUCCUCCUUGCGAUCGUUGGAUGACCGAACGUCUUCUUCGAAGUAAGAAGAUUAGUAGGACCACGACAGGGACGAACGAAGAAUAGGGAAUCCCGACGUGGAUAAACCUGUUCCUCCUUGCGAUCGUUGGAUGACCGAACGUCUUCUUCGAAGUAAGAAGGUUAGUAGGACCACGACAGAGACGAACGAAGAAUAGGGAAUCCCGACGUGGAUAAACCUGUUCCUCCUUGCGAUCGUUGGAUGACCGAACGUCUUCUUCGAAGUAAGAAGGUUAGUAGGACCACGACAGGGACGAACGAAGAAUAGGGAAUCCCGACGUGGAUAAACCUGUUUCUUCUCAUAGUUGGGAUGACGAACGUCUCCUGCGAAACCAGGAGACCAGUACUCACGAGACUUGGGAAGAACGAAGAACCAGUUCUUUACCGGAGUCUGUUGCGUGCCGAGUGUACACCGCUUAGCGGUCCGUACAUAGGACCACGGAUACGGUAGACGAACGAAGACCAGCCCCAUGGGUCAGACACGCAGGACCAGUUCUCCACCGGAGUCUGUUGCGUACCGAGUGUACACCGCUUAGCGGUCCGUACAUAGGACCACGGAUACGGUAGACGAACGACGAUUAGCUCCCCAGAUCAGGUAGGAGGGACAUCGCCCGGAUUUAUUUCAGGCUCACCAUUCCUUCCCGGAUGGAGUCCUGGCAGACGAUCGGCUUCUCACAGCCAAUCAGGAGAGAGACUUGACACAUCACCAGCACGGCCGAGGGCCGUGAGAGGCUGAGGGCCAUGAGAUGAUCAUCACUAUUUUUAUGCAUCACGAUCGGCCCCUCAGCGCCAUCGUGUCCUGAUUCACGGUUCGGAUCGCCCAUUUCCCUCCAGGAUGGCGACGACCGUCUUAUGCAGUACGAUCGGCCCCUCAGCGCCAUCGUACCCAGCUCACGUUCGGCUCGUCCAUCCCUUCCAGGGUGGCGACGAACGUCUUAUGCAUCACGAUCGGCCCCUCAGCGCCAUCGUGUCCAGAUUCACGGUUCGGAUCGCCCAUUUCCCUCCAGGAUGGCGACGACCGUCUUAUGCAGUACGAUCGGCCCCUCAGCGCCAUCGUACCCAGCUCACGUUCGGCUCGUCCAUCCCUUCCAGGGUGGCGACGAACGUCUUAUGCAUCACGAUCGGCCCCUCAGCGCCAUCGUGUCCUGAUUCACGGUUCGGAUCGCCCAUUUCCCUCCAGGAUGGCUACGACCGUCUUAUGCAGUACGAUCGGCCCCUCAGCGCCAUCGUACCCAGCCCACGUUCGGAUCGUCCAUCCCUUCCAGGGUGGCGACGAACGUCUUAUGCAUCACGAUCGACCCCUCAGCGCGAUCGUGUCCAGAUUCACGGUUCGGAUCGCCCAUUCCCUCCAGGAUGGCGACGACCGUCUUAUGUAGUACGAUCGGCCCCUCAGCGCCAUCGUACCCAGCUCAUGUUCGGCUCGUCCAUCCCUUCCAGGGUGGCGACGAACGUCUUAUGCAUCACGAUCGGCCCCUCAGCGCCAUCGUGUCCUGAUUCACGGUUCGGAUCGCCCAUUCCCUCCAGGAUGGCGACGACCGUCUUAUGCAGUACGAUCGGCCCCUCAGCGCCAUCAUACCCAGCUCACGUUCAGCUCGUCCAUCCCUUCCAGGGUGGCGACGAACGUCUUAUGCAUCACGAUCGGCCCCUCAGCGCCAUCGUGUCCUGAUUCACGGUUCGGAUCGCCCAUUCCCUCCAGGAUGGCGACGACCGUCUUAUGCAGUACGAUCGGCCCCUCAGCGCCAUCGUACCCAGCUCACGUUCGGAUCGCCCAUUCCUUCCAGGGUGGCGACGAACGUCUUAUGCAGCACGAUCAGCGCCUCUGUGCCAUCGUGUCUGGCUCAUGUUCGGCUCGCCCAUCCCUUCCAGGAUGGCGACGAACAUCUCUUAUGCAGCACGAUCAGCGCCUCUGUGCCAUCGUGUCUGUCUCAUGUUCGGCUCGCCCAUCCCGUCCAGGAUGGCGACGAACAUCUCUUAUGCAGCACGUCUGCCUCUCGGCGCUGACAUGCCCGGGUAAUCGAUGAGAGCCACCGCUUUCCAUCACAUCUCACGUUCCUUCUCCCAUACAUUGCACCCAUACAUUACAUGCAUUCAUGCAUUCAUGCAUCAUACCUCAUACAUUCAUACAUACACAUGAGCAUCGUGUUUUGACAGUACCGCGGCGUCGGUUUAUAGAUGCAUGGACCUCUAAGCUUCUCCGAUUGGAAAGCUCGAGUCAGAGUCCUUACUCCCGCCUGACGCAUUCAGGGGGAGUGUUCCCGUGGAGGAGCACCCUUCGCCCGACCCUGUUGAGAAGGGGGGUGCCUCACCGGCAGAUUACGUUCAGGAGUGCAGACACUCACUCAUAUAUUAUGAUUAUGUGAAGACACAGUUUCCAGCAAGACAGAGGAAGAGCGCAGGCAGAGUAUAUUUUCUCGAGCAGAUUCGCGAGCUCACUACUCAAGAAACUGGGGGACUUGUGUUGGGAUAUAUUAUCCCGGCCUAUUACUGUUCAGGAGUCCAAGGCUUUACGUAGUACGGAGCCCGAGCAGCUAGGCCCAUUUCGGCCCAUCCGGCCCGCUUUAGCCAUUUGGGCCCACUCCGGCCCAUGCGGCCCAUUAGGGUGGAGAGCAUCCCCUUCCCCUAUUCUCUAUAAAUAUGGGAGUUUCCCUCCAUAUUAGGGAUCCCUUCUUUCUUCCUUCUUCCUUUAGAAUAGCUCAAAUACUCCAUUGAUGGGAGUUCAAAAUGUACUAUGUAAUGGUGAGGAGAGUCCUAAUGAGAAUGAGAGGGCUUGGACAUUAGCCUAAAAAGUCCCGUGGUUUUCUCCCUUUCGAGUUUCCACGUAAAAA